AUGUGCCGAGGGCUAGCAUCUCUACCAACCACAUGUCUGGAGAGAGCAAAAGGACUUAAAGCUCGUUUUGGCUGUUUGUUCAAGAAGCCAGAUGCUUCUCACAAAAUGGACAAACUGAGGAUUACCCCAGAAGAAUCCUCUAAAUGGAGAGAGUCUUUCGACAAGCUCCUGGCGAACAAAUAUGGACUCCAGGCUUUCAGAGCCUUCUUAGUGUCAGAGUUCAGUGAAGAGAAUAUUGCCUUCUACCUGGCCUGCGAGGAUUACAGAAGCACUACAUCUACUGACAAGCUGUCAGUCGAAGCAAAGAAAAUCUACACGGAAUUCAUUGGGACUGAUGCGCCUAAAGAGGUCAACAUUGACCAUGAGACCCGAGCAAUCACCAAAAGGAACCUGGAGUGCGCCACAGUGUCCUGCUUUGACCUGGCACAGAGCAAAAUCUACUCCCUCAUGGAGAAGGAUUGCUACCCCCGCUUCCUGCAGUCAGCAGCCUACCAGGAGCUGAACAGGCUUCUGGCCAGCCAGCAGUGUGGCAGCAUCAAUGAAAGGACCCGGAAAUGGGCACAUUACGUUCUUGGGGCUAAAGAGAUCAAGACUACAUUGGGUACUCUGCUUCAGAAGCCAGAGAAUGCCAUAGAUCUGAUCAUCCCCUACCCUGAGAAGCAAGAGAAGAAGCCAGAGAAACCUCAGAAGUAA